AGAAAAAAUAGGCUGCAUAACAACCAACAAGGCACGUCUUAAAAUUAAAAAGAAAAAGACAAAAUCAAAGAUGGCGAUCUCUGCACACAUAAGCUGUCAAUACUUAAUGACUUUUGGUAUAUAAGCCGACCUAUUUGUGUAUUUAAGUCAGUGGACUAAAGUAGUUUAAGCUUGUAACUUGUGUUAUUUGAAUUAAUAAUUAAUUAAUAUAAAAAUGAAGUUCACUUUGGCGUUGUUUGUUUUGGCUCUCGUUGCAAUGGCGUACGGCAAGCCUCAGUCUGGACGGGGUUGCAUUUAUGUGAUGGGAAGAUGCUUCCGUGAGUGCGAGGUAGGCACGCACGCCUACACCACCGGCUGCGGCUUCAAGACUCCUGAACCGACCUGCGCGGAACCCAACCCUCAACCAGAAACCCACAAGAUCUGUGACUACUCCGCCUGCUACUGCGACGAGGGUACCGUCAGGGAUCCCGUCACCAAGCAGUGUGUUGCUCUCGAGAAUUGUACCAAGCAAUAAUCAAUACGUGAAGAAGAAAAAUUAAAAGAGAAAAUUAUGAUUGAACUAUGAAUAAUAAUUUUAA